GCAGGCGUCCUUUCUGCAGGCUGGUGGGACUCUUAAGGUGCGCGUGCGAGCCGCUCGCUCGCGUGCUCCGUGUCUGCAAAGCGUAGCAGUAGCCAUGGCCGACCACCUGGAGCUCUACAACGGCGCCAAGAUGCCUACCCUGGGCCUGGGCACCUGGAAGUCCCCUCCGGGCCAAGUGACCGAGGCUGUGAAGGCUGCAAUUGACAUUGGGUACCGCCACAUCGACUGUGCCCAGGUGUACCAGAAUGAGAAGGAGGUAGGGGAGGCCCUCCAGGAGAAACUCAAUGAGCAGGCAGUGAAACGCGAGGAGCUCUUCAUCGUCAGCAAGCUGUGGUGCACGUUCCACGACAAGAGCAUGGUGAAAGGGGCCUUCCAGAAGACGCUCAGCGACCUGAAGCUGGACUACCUGGACCUCUAUCUUAUUCACUGGCCCACAGGCUUCAAGGCUGGGUCUGAGUAUUUCCCACUGGAUGAGUCGGGCAAUGUGAUUCCCAGUGACACUGAUUUUGUGGACACUUGGACGGCCAUGGAACAGCUGGUAGAUGAAGGUCUGGUGAAAUCAAUUGGUGUCUCCAACUUCAACCCUGUCCAGAUUGAGAGGAUCUUAAACAAACCUGGCUUAAAAUAUAAGCCUGCAGUUAACCAGAUUGAGUGCCACCCAUACCUAACUCAGGAGAAGUUGAUCCAGUACUGCCAUUCCAAAGGCAUCGUGGUGACUGCCUACAGUCCCCUGGGUUCUCCUGACAGGCCCUGGGCCAAGCCUGAGGACCCUUCUAUCUUGGAGGAUCCCAGGAUCAAGACGAUUGCAAACAAGUACAAUAAAACAACAGCACAGGUGCUGAUCCGCUUCCCCAUACAAAGGAAUUUGGUGGUGAUUCCCAAGUCUGUGACACCAGCACGCAUUGCUGAGAACUUUAAGGUCUUUGACUUCAAGCUGAGCAGCGAGGACAUGACCACCUUACUCAGCUACAACAGGAACUGGAGAGUGUGUGCCUUAAUGAGCUGUGCGAAACACAAGGAUUACCCCUUCUACUCAGAAGUUUGAAGCUGUGGGUGCCACCUCUUCCCCAAGCAACUUGAACCUGUUCUUCCUUCCUCACCUGUCCUUGCAAAUGUUGUGCAGCCUGUGUCCCUCGGCACUGUGCAGCACCUUGCAGACCAGGCACCAAGGAUUUAUUAGCUUGAAGUAGGCUCUGAAGAGCAGGGUCAGUACAUUAGUCUAUCUUUGCCUUUCUUCUUAAACCCACCCGGGGAAGUUCAACCCAAGUACCCAUUUCUAACCAAAGAGAAGCAAGAUCUGUAGUCAAAAUAGUGCCACUAACCAGUUGAAUUUUAAAUGCUUGGAACUGACUUUCAGUCAGACUUCUCUUUGCUUCAAAUAAAAAGUGCUUUUGUGAA